AUGGCUCCUGCACGCACUUGUCUGUUUGAUCUCGCUAGUCAUCCGACCAUGGACAUUCUCUGCAUGAUUACUGAACUACUAGAGUGCAUCACACAUGCUAAUGACCACCAUCUCAGUUUACGAGAGUCAUGCUUCCAUGCACGGACCGCUUCUCCAAUCGACAUUCAUUCAUACCUUGCUCGGAUUCUAGUUUACACGCCUUGUCCGAACGAAUGUUUUCUAAGCCUACUAGUCUACCUGGACAGAAUGGCCUGUAGUCCUUCUCGUCUAAGAAUCGAUUCUCGUAACAUACACCGGCUGAUUAUAGCUGGCGUCAUGGUAGCAACCAAAUUCUUUUCCGAUCGAUCAUUUACCAACGCCCGCUAUGCCAAAGUAGGCGGGAUAUCUGUGACUGAACUCAACAGUCUAGAGAUCGAAUUUUUGCGAUUAAACAACUACUCAAUGAAUGUAUCAGUCGAAGAGCUCGAAAAUUACGGAAAUCAACUAGUCUUACACGCCAAUCGACAAAAGCAAGCUAGAAAAAAUUGGAGAGCUCUUUAAGAUCUUGGCACCCUUUUACAGUAAAGGAAAGGAAACGAAAGGAAACGAAAGGAAACUAAAAGACAAUAAUAAUAGAGAAAAGGGGAGUGAGUUAAAAAAGAAACACAAAGGGGAAUCCCCUGAACCUAUUCUACCUUUCUAUCUUCUGUGUACUCCUUGUGCUUAUACUAGACCCUAACAAAAGAAACCAAGCAAGGAAGAUAAGAAUAGGGAAUAGAAAAUCAGGGUAUUUCAAGUCACUUUAUCCAUUCACCUCUCUUACAUUUAUUUGUCUUCUUUGUCUCUUUUUUUUUUAUUCUAUUACUUUUACCUUUAACCUCUACUUCUUUGUAUAUUUCACACACACACACACACACAAUUUUUCUCUUUCUUCCUCUUAAAAGAAAAAAAAGUACCUUUUUUUUGUUUUGUUUUUAUUUGUUUUUGUAUCCAUUUCUACCUUAUUCUCAUGCCAUUUAUAUCACCGCAGUCAUCGUCUUUAUGUCUAUGUAUAUAUAAGCUCAUUUAUUCCACUAAAAAUAAAAGAAUUCAUCAAU